UGUUAAAACACAGAACGUCAAUGGUCUGUGUCAAAACUGCUAAUGGGUGAAAUGAAAAAACCACGAAAAAACAACACAUCACUAAAUACCUAUAUCAAUAUUUUUAAAUUUGUAAAGUUUGGAUGAUUAUAAAAAAUUGCCUUUGAUAUUAUUUUAUAAUGAUGUCAAUAAAUUAAAUCGUUCCAUAAACGUCAUUCAGGAACCGCAUCAAGUUUUUUAUUAGUUCCAUCUGCUGUGGUGUGGUACUCCGAAAAAGUGAAUCAAGUAUUCCGUCGCCGAAUGAGCUUCAGUUUAGGCGGCUUAGGAUCACUUAGGAGUUAGGACUAUCUUUAGUAAAAUUAAUAUCUUGAUUUGUAUUUCAAUUCCUAUUUAAAAAGAAGACAUGGCUACACGAAAAAGAAGUGGUUCUGGUUCCAAAAGACAUUUAAAAGAGAAGGUGGUACAGAUAUAUGAAUCAUUUUUUCGUGGCGAAGAUCUAACAAGUGAUAAUCCUACAUUUUGGGAUGAGUUCUUCCUCUUAAAGCCGAAAAUUCCCCAGCUGGAAGCAGAGAUACAUAAGUUAACAGUGGAACAACUCAAUAACUUGAAAGAAAACAUCAAUUUGUUGGUUAUACAAUGUAUUGAUAUGUUAGGACAAGAGCAUCACAUAAGGUUGGUGUACGCUCUUCAAACAUUUAGUGCAAUAUUGACUACAAUGUACCAAAGAGCUGGGCAGGACCCCAGCAUUAAUAUAAAGUCUAUAUUACUAGGAACAGACAAUGCAAAUAUAAAGAUGCAAAAACUUUUAGAACAUUGUAGCACUGUACUAUCAGGUGAUGUGCCCGAUAGUCUGAAGUCAAUGGUUUUGAAGUUGCUAUUGAUAAUUGCAACUGGUAUUGAUAAUAUCGAUGAGAACCCACUAGUUGAAUAUCUGAUGCUACAUUCACUGUUCGAGCCGUUAAUUCAGCUGCUCUGCACUUCUACUGAGAGACAACAGCAUGGUUAUGAUGUUGUCUUGCUCCUCAUGUUCUUAGUGAAUUAUAAAAAGCAGGAGUCUGCUAAUCCUUAUGUUGUAAAAUUGUCAAUACUUGAUGAUGAGCUGGCGCUAAAUGGAUAUGGCCAAGUAAUAACGGCAGCCCUCAACGACUUCGUGAUGUCAGCGUUCGGCGGCCUGCAGGCGAGCGGCGGCGGCUGGCUCUCGUCGCUCACGAGCAUGGUGGGCGGCAUAUUCCUCACCAGCGACGACACGCAGCCCGUCGUCAGAGGGCAGAGGCAUAGCGGUGGUGAAGAGGGUAUGCUGCUAGCGUUAUAUGAAGCAGCUCACUUGAACCGUAACUUCAUGACUACACUAGCCCACUCUUCCUCUGCGGCCGCUUCUUCCGCGCCGCCGUCACCGCCCGCCACCUUACCUCCACAUCAGAAUCCACCUAACUUAGCUCAAAUCCAAGCCUUGGAUAACGAGCAGCCAACAAAUUUAUUAGUCACAUUCUUUCAAUAUUGUUCCAUAGUAAUGGCGGACACGCGGACAGAAACCAGCAUCAACAAAUGCAGUUUAUGUUUUAUCACCCUCACGUGCAUUGUAGAAGAGCAGUUUGCGAACUCCAUAAUGCACGAUCAAAAUCUUACUUUUAAGGUUCAAUUGUACAGACUUCCAAUGCGCCAUAGAAAAAUAGUUCCUGAAGAACCACCUUCACAACCUCUAGCUUCAACGCUUAUAGAUCUUCUAGUCGAGUUCAUGAUGUGCCAUCUACUAAAGAAGUUCCCGGGCGAGUUGUACGAGCUGUGCGUGGGCGUGCUCCUGCGGCUGCUGAGCUACCAGAAGCGUUGCCGCGUGCGGCUGGCGCGCGACUGGCGCCCGCUGUGGGCCGCGCUCAUCGCGCUGCUCAAGUUCCUCGUCACCAACGAGAGCACGCUGCUAAGGAGGCACAACAUCUUUGUCAUGGCGCAACAGGUUGUGAAUAUCUUCAAUCUAUUCAUCACAUUCGGCGACACGUUUCUGCCGACGCCCGCGUCCUACGAUCAGUUGUAUUACGAGCUGAUUAGGAUGCAUCAAGUGUUCGACAAUCUGUUUUACAUGGCAUUGCGUUACUCGACGGGCGACGGGGAGUUCAAGGCGGAGGCGUUGCGGCUCGCGAACUGCCUUGUGAAUGUGCGUGCGAUCAUACAACACUUCUCACCAAAGAUCGAGACCUGGCUCGCUUCGCAGAACCUUUCCACGCCCACCGAGGAUCAGAUACUAGAAGUGGUCCGCAAGAACUACGACAGCCUGAUCCUCAAGCUGCAGGAAGGCUUGGAAGCGUACGAGCGCUACGCGGAGCGCGCUCACCGCCCUCUGCUGGCGCGGCUGGCGCGCGCGGCCGCGGGCACCGCGCGCCUGCGCUCCGACGCCGCGGCGCUGCGCGACCACUCCGCCGCCCUGCUAAGCCACUACACCACUAUCGCGUAAACACUGCUGUAAUAGCGACUAAUCCUGUUGUACCUAUCUAUCACUUUCCACACAGAGCAUUAUGAAAGGUAUAGGAAUAUAUUUAUACAUUGUCAUUUUAGAUUAAUUUAAGAAUUUUAGAGGUUGUUUAUAAUGCGCGUAAAACAAUUAGACAAAUCUGAAGUAGUGUUAGACUGAGGUUCAUUGCUCCAGAACGUCAGCCUACAUCAUACCCUAUUUAUAACCGACUUCCAAAAAAGGAAGAGAUUCUGAAUUCGUCGGAAUCUUUUUUUUAAUUAGUUACAUUAAAUGUAUAUUUGUCAAAUGAAUAUGGAAUCCCAUUGAAAACAUUAAGAUGUAAGAAAAUGUGUGCCAAGCCGCGCAAUUCAACCUUUCUAGCUAAAAGCUUGUAAUUUAGGGGUAGAGGUAGGUUUAUUGUACUUUUGAAAAACUGGAAUUUCAAAUUUCUACCUUAACUACCCCAAGAACACAGAGAGAUAAGUGCCGUGAGUUACUUCGAAAAUUGGAUGAUACGACCAUGCCAUCAUACCCGUGUUUGUUUGAUUCGACUUGGCUGAGGCUCUGUUGUGCACUCAUAUUUUUUGAGUAAAAUCCAAACAGCCAUAGAAUUGUAAGUUUAUGUUUCAUGUAAAUAUUAGAAAUAUUAUUUAGAUGCAAUAAAUAUCAUAUCAAAUGAUUAAGACCCAGUUUAUGAAAAUAUCUAUUCAAGUAUUAUAAGUAAGGUUGCCUGGUAGAGAUUGCUCCAAGCAAUAAG